AUGUCAAAGAAAUCAUCUAAAAAAGAAUUUAAUAAUGGUGUAUCUUGUAAUAAAUCAGAUUCUCAUAAUGAGUGUGCAUUAAAAUUUCGAUCUUCUCCUGCCAUCACACCUUCACUAUACUUUGCCGUUACUCAACAACAAGGUUGGGAAACUGGUGGUCUUCGAUCUGAACAACCUUCAAGAAACACUCAUCCAGACAUGGAGGAUGCUUACUAUGUCCCAUACAUGGCAAAUGAAAAAGUUCAUUAUCCCUCAGAUACUCCUUAUACUUUAUUUGUAUUAGCUGAUGGUCAUGGUGGAUCAAGCGCAUCGAGACAUUUUUGUAGAAUGGUGCCUGAGGCUAUUCAAGAUGUUUUGUGUUCUCAAGCUUCUUGGUCAUUCAGAGAACCUAGUGGUCAACAACUAUUUAGAGAAAAGGUGAAGGAAAUGUACAAAAGACUCGAUAAUGAAUAUUUGAGUUCUCAGAAAAAAAAGUUUUCAGAAUGGUUAAGUAAUGGUUGUAAGGAUCCUAUGCCAUCUGAUCAAGGUUCAACAUUGGUUAUUGUUAUCUUGUAUGAUGGUGUGGUGAUAAAUUGUAAUCUUGGUGACUCAAUGGCCCUUAUAUGUAAAACUUUACCCUUAACAACUACUGGUAGAAUACCUCUUGAAAUUGUCUAUCAGUCCACUAUUCAUUCUCCUGGCCAUCCGCAUAAAGCAUAUCAUAUUGCUAGUCUUUUGAAAGCUCGUAUAUAUCGACCUGAAGAAUUUCAGAAUCCAUACGGUAUGCAAUCUGAUUUAUCACUUAAUCUAGGUGAUACAAUGGGUGAUCUGUAUUUCAAACUUGACCCACCAUUAUUUCCAUGUGAUGCUGAUGUUGAUUAUAUAGUUAUGGAGUCAGGUACUAAUUAUAUUGGAAUAUUGGCACCGGAUGGAUUAUGGGAUCAUUUGAAAGUAAACUUACCUGGAGAAGGAGGAAUAGGAGGAGAUGAGUCAUCAAACAAAUUAUCAGAAACUGAAUCAGUACAACAACAACCAUUUUUUUAUAAACUAGGAUCUUCAAGGAGUCAUAAUAUUUUAACUGGUGAACAAUUAUAUGAUCUUGCAAGAGCUUUAUGUGAUAGAACCAAGGAUAGUUUGGAUAUUUUUGAAAAGGAUCAAGGUCGUUACGAUGAUUGUACUGUUAUUGCAUUUUCUUAUAGUUUUUAA